AUGAUUUAUAUAUUAAUUAUAAUACAAGGCUUUAGAUGUGGUAUCGUGGCCUGAUUUCAUCCAUGGGAUCUACGAAGACAGUUCUGAUCCCGAAGCAAUCGGACCGGUUGGCAUGUGUCCCGCGCUUUUAUAACGGUCAUGGCGAGAAGUACCCGCCAUAAGACCAGCUCUGCUUCGCUUUCUCUCUAUUAUUCUCCCUCAUUCCCUUCUUCUUUCUCAAUUCCAGCAAGCUGCUUCUUUUCCUGAGAGAAUAUGGAUGAAAAGUAUGAUGUUGUUGUUCUUGGGACUGGACUCAAGGAGUGCAUUCUCAGUGGUCUUCUCUCCGUUGAUGGCCUCAAGGUCCUUCAUAUGGAUAGAAAUGACUAUUAUGGAGGGGAAUCAACAUCCCUAAAUCUCAAUCAGCUUUGGAAGAGACUCAGGGGUGAUGAUAAACCUCCAGAAUCUCUGGGGCCUAGCAAGGAAUACAAUGUUGAUAUGAUUCCAAAGUUCAUGAUGGCAAAUGGUGCGCUAGUUCGCAUUCUUAUUCGUACCAAUGUCACCCAAUAUUUGAACUUCAAGGCUGUUGACGGUAGCUUUGUUUACAAUAAAAAGAAGAUUUACAAAGUUCCAGCUAAUGAUGUGGAGGCAUUGAAGUCUACCUUGAUGGGUUUAUUUGAGAAGCGGCGAGCAAGAAAAUUCUUCAUCUAUAUACAGGAUUAUGAAGAGAAUGAUCCAAAAUCUCAUGAAGGGCUGGACCUUAACAAAAUUACUGCAAGAGAAUUAAUUUCGAAAUAUGGGCUAGAAGAUGAUACCGUUGAUUUUUUGGGACAUGCUUUGGCACUUCACAAGGAUGAUAGUUACUUGGAUGAACCUGCAAUGAAUACUGUUAAGAGAAUGAAGCUUUACGCUGAAUCAUUGGCUCGGUUUCAAAGUGGAUCUCCUUACAUUUACCCUCUGUAUGGUUUGGGAGAGCUUCCACAGGGAUUUGCUCGUCUGAGUGCUGUCUAUGGUGGCACUUACAUGCUAAACAAACCAGAAUGCAAGGUAGAGUUUGACAAUAAUGGAAAAGCUUAUGGUGUAACUUCAGAGGGAGAGACAGCAAAAUGCAAGAAACUUGUUUGUGAUCCUUCUUACUUACCUGACAAGGUUCAGAAGGUUGGAAGAGUAGCUAGAGCGAUUUGCAUAAUGAGCCAUCCAAUCCCAGACACAAAUGAUUCACAUUCUGUGCAGCUGAUUUUGCCUCAGAAACAGCUCGGUCGCAAAUCUGACAUGUAUCUAUUUUGUUGCUCUUACUCUCACAAUGUAGCUCCUAAAGGGAAAUAUAUUGCAUUUGUUUCUGCUGAAGCAGAGACCGACAACCCCGAGACAGAAUUGAAGCCCGGGAUUGAUCUACUUGGACCGGUAGAUGAGACAUUCUUUGAUAUUUAUGACAGAUACGAACCGAUUAACAAGCCUGAGGAGGACAAUUGCUUCAUAUCUACUAGUUAUGAUUCAACCACCCAUUUCGAGUCAACAGUCCAAGAUGUGCUCACAAUGUACAGGAAGAUCACUGGAAAGGAACUUAAUUUAAGCGUGGAUCUGAGUGCUGCCAGUGCUGCUUCUGAAGAGUGAUUGACUUGAAUUUCAUGAUAUUUUGAGGAUCUAGUGAAGGAACUCUCUUCAUUCAUUCAUUCAUUCAUUGAAUUUCCAUUAGAUCAUUGUUGUUUUUCACUCUCUGUCUCUUUCUCUCUGUUUGAAUUAAAACACUUGCUCCCAUGCUGGCAAGGCUUGGGUCAGAGUUUGGAUGAUUUGUUUUCUCAUCAGGUACAUGUGAUCAUGCCUGGGUGAAUUCUUUUGUCAUUUUAUUCAUCAUAAAGUUCAGAACUACCAUCACUCAUGUGGUUUUAUUUCAACUGAAUAUUAAAAUGUGAAUGAUGCGGAGUAGACCAUACCAAAUUAGAUGCAAGUUCUCAUUAUGUCAAAUACAUUAUAA